AUGACCAAGCCAAUUACAGAAGAAGCAAUAACCAAUCUCUACUGCGACACUUUCCCUACAAGUUUAACUAUAGCAGACUUGGGAUGUUCUUCAGGACCAAACACUCUAGUUGCAGUAUCUGAAAUUGUCAAAGUAGUGGACGAGAUUCGCAGAAAACUAGGCCACAAAUCACCAGAAUAUCAGUUGCUGUUGAAUGAUCUUCCAGGCAAUGACUUCAAUGCCAUUUUCAGGUCAUUGGCAGGCUUCCAAGAAAGGAUGAAAAAACAAAUGGGAGAUGGGUUUGGGCCAUGUUUUUUCGCCGGAGUCCCUGGUUCUUUCUAUGGCAGGCUUUUCCAUGCCAAGAGUCUGCAUUUUGUCCAUUCUUCCUACAGUCUCAAGUGGCUGUCUCAGGUCCCUAUAGGGCUGGAUGGUAACAAGUGGAACAUUUAUAUGGCCAGCACAAGCCCACCAAGCGUGCUUAAGGCUUACUACAUGCAGUUUCAAACGGAUUUUUCACUUUUUUUGAAGUGUCGUUCUGAAGAGUUGGUGGCAGGAGGGCGUAUGGUUUUAACUUUUUCGGGUAAAAGAAGCGAAGAUCGCUCCAGCAAGGAUUGCUGCUCCAUUUGGGAGCUUUUAGCUGUGGCUCUCAAUGAAAAGGUCGGAGGUGGAGACCUUUAA